AUGCGACUCCCAGCAAUUUUACUCGCCUCUACCGCAGUUACCGCGCAACUUUCUUCGAUUGAAAGUGGAUCAUCUAUCAACGAGAUUCAGGAAGAAAAUUUUGAGAUUGAGGAAACAGAAUUUGAGGGAGAUUUGGAAUUUGACGACGCAGAGGAUCUUGAAAUCGACAUGAUUCUAGCUGACAUAGUUAGGGGUCGAGGCGGCGGCAAAAACUCAGAAAAGCGCAUGAACAAGCAGAAGAAAAAGAAAGGAAAACAGCUCCUUCGACUUUUAAAAUACGCUGAACCAGAGCGAAGCUCACGUGACUGGCUCGAGUACGGAUGCUAUUGCUUCUUGAACAUCAAGGAAGAUAUUCUCACUCCGGGAAUUGGACGACCAAUUGACCCUCUUGACUCGGCAUGCCAUGCUCUUCAGGAGUGCCUGAAAUGCAUUAACAUCGAUCAUGAGCAGUCUAAACGAUGUCAUCCUUACAAUGGCUACAAAUUUACCUCUGCUCCUGGAGACGAAUACAACGACAUGAUCUGUCGAGAUGCAGAAAAUAGCUGCCAACGAUCGACAUGCGAAUGCGAUAGAGAAUUUAUCAAGCUAGGGUCCUAA